AUGAAGAGCAGCAGACUAGGAGCAAAGACCCUAGUUCAAGGACCUGGUUUUGAAGGGAACACCUGUGAGAAGAAUAUUGAUGACUGCCCUAACCAUAAAUGUCAGAAUGGAGGAGUUUGUGUGGAUGGGGUCAACACUUACAACUGCCGUUGUCCUCCACAAUGGACAGUUUUCACUGGUGUGUUGUGUGAGGAGAACAUUGACAACUGUGACCCCGAUCCUUGCCACCAUGGCCAGUGUCAGGAUGGUAUUGAUUCCUACACCUGCAUCUGCAGUCCCGGGUACAUGGGCACAAUCUGCAGUGACCAGAUUGAUGAAUGUUACAGCAACCCUUGCCUGAAUGAUGGUCGCUGCAUCGACCUGGCCAAUGGCUACCAGUGUAAUUGCCAGCCAGGCACGUCAGGAAGGAAGGUGCGAGAUAAUCCUUCAACUCAUGUUAUCACUGUCCCUUUUCGAGGUUUUACUGGGCCAGUUUGCCAGAUUGAUAUUGAUGACUGUUCCAGUACUCCAUGUCUGAAUGGGGCAAAGUGUAUUGAUCACCCGAAUGGCUAUGAAUGCCAGUGUGCCACAGGUUUCACUGGUGUGUUGUGUGAGGAGAACAUUGACAACUGUGACCCCGAUCCUUGCCACCAUGGCCAGUGUCAGGAUGGUAUUGAUUCCUACACCUGCAUCUGCAGUCCCGGGUACAUGGGCACCAUCUGCAGUGACCAGAUUGAUGAAUGUUACAGCAACCCUUGCCUGAAUGAUGGUCGCUGCAUCGACCUGGUCAAUGGCUACCAGUGUAACUGCCAGUUGGUAGUUUGGUGUUUGGAUAGUGGAGUAGAUGGAAGAAAUACUUCACAGUUUGCCAGCUAA